UUUAGGUGGCCUUCCUCUCGAGCGCCCGUCGGGAGGGGCUCGGAGAAGUUAGCAGGGCUCCCGAUCACCCAGCCUUUGCAAGUACUAUGAGGUCGGUUAGCUACGUGCAGCGCGUGGCGCUGGACUUCAGCGGGAGCCUCUUCCCCCACGCAAUCUGCCUGGGAGACGUCGAUAACGAUACGUUGAAUGAACUGGUAGUGGGAGACACCAGCGGAAAACUGUCCGUGUAUAAGAAGGACGACAGCCGGCCAUGGGUCACCUGUUCCUGCCAGGGGAUGCUGACAUGUGUUGGCGUUGGAGAUGUGUGCAACAAAGGAAAGAACCUUGUGGUGGCAGUGAGCGCCGAAGGCUGGUUUCACCUGUUUGACCUGACACCUGCCAAGGCCCUGGAUGCUUCUGGGCACCACGAGACACUCAUGGGAGAGGAGCCGCGUCCAGUGUUCAAGCAGCACAUCCCUGCCAACACCAAGGUCAUGCUGAUCAGCGACAUCGAUGGAGACGGGUGCCACGAGCUGGUGGUGGGUUACACCGACCGUGUGGUGCGGGCCUUCCGCUGGGAGGAACUGGGCGAAGGCGGCGAACACCUGACGGGGCAGCUGGUGUCCCUCAAGAAAUGGAUGCUGGAGGGUCAGGUGGACAGUCUCUCCGUGACUCUGGGGCCGCAGGGGGUUCCUGAGCUGAUGGUUUCUCAGCCCGGCUGUGCUUAUGCAGUCCUGCUGUGUACCUGGAACCAGGAUGCUGGGUCCCCUCCCACCUCUGAGGGGGCCACAGAGGGCAGCAGGGAGACCCCAGCUGCCCGGGAUGUGGUACUGCACCAGACGUCUGGCCGAAUUCACAACAAGAACGUCUCCACUCACUUAAUUGGCAACAUCAAACAAGGCCACAACCCAGAGAGCAGUGGCUCUGGCCUCUUUGCCCUGUGCACCCUGGAUGGGACGCUAAAGCUGAUGGAGGAGGCGGACAAGCUGCUAUGGUCGGUGCAGGUGGAUCACCAGCUUUUUGCCCUAGAGAAGCUAGAUGUCACGGGCAAUGGCCACGAGGAGGUGGUUGCGUGUGCCUGGGACGGACAGACGUACAUCAUCGAUCACAACCGCACUGUCGUCCGCUUCCAGGUGGAUGAGAACAUCCGGGCUUUCUGUGCAGGCCUCUAUGCCUGCAAAGAGGGCCGCAACAGCCCCUGCCUGGUGUACGUCACCUUCAACCAGAAGAUCUACGUGUACUGGGAGGUGCAGCUGGAGCGGAUGGAGUCCACCAACCUGCUGAAGCUGCUGGAGGCGGAGCCAGAGUUCCGCAGCCUGCUGCAGGAGCUGGGCACCGAUCCCAACGACCUUCCUGCGGCCCGUGCCCUGCUUCACCACACCCUCUACCAUCCGGACCAGCCGCCACAGUGUGCGUCCGCAAGCCUCCAGGACCCCACCUAGGUCCACCUAGGUGCACCGUGCUUCUUCGCUGGCAAAGGAUCCAUCUGAGCCCCACUCCCACCCCCAGAGAUUUCCAUGGUAUUGGCAGAAUAGGGAACAUGGGUUACUGAUGAACAUGAUCCGACCCCGGGCAAGGAAGGAUGAUGACAGCCCGAGGGUGACUGGGAACUACAGACCUCGUAGUCUUUGUGGUGAAGGAAGACACAAGUUGACCCCUCCGCCCAUUCCUGGUGGCCCUCACACAUCACACCAGCAGGGUCUAAGACUCUGGCCUUGUUCCAGAUCAUCUGGGAUUCCCACCACCACCACCACUCUCCCGAUGUGGGAAACAGAGGUUUGUUGGAGAGGAAGGAGUGCAUGUCUUUUUGUGUGGCCCCAGCACCCCUAAGAAAACCAGGCUUCAUGCCGAGAGGAGCACGGGAGGUUGAGGUGAGGCUGCACCCCAUCCUAAACACUAGUUUCCCGGCCCAGCUGCAGGUCACUGUCAUCAGGCAGCAGUGAUGGCUCGAGUCUUUGGGUCCCUCCACCCAUGUGGGAGACCCGGGUGGAGUUCCUGGCUUUUGGCUUUGGCCUGGCCCAGCCCCAACUAUUGUGGACAUUUGGAAGUAAUCUAGUGGGUAGAAGAUCUCUCUGUGUCUCUUGUCUUCUCUCUUUGUCUCUCUCCACCUUUCAAAUAAA